AUGAGUAUGACUGGCGACACCCAAGUCCCCCAAGAAAAAAACAAGCCCCCCCUUCCCAGGUCAAUUUUAUACAAGGGAUGGGUAUGACUGGCGACACCCAAGUCCCCCCCACCCCCCAUGGUCAAAGAAAAAAAUAUUUUUUUUGUAAAUUUAUCGACUUACAGAGUGUCGCCGGAGGACGUGAAAUUUUUCUUUUUGUCAAUUCCCCCUCCAUUUUCUCGUUUUUUUGCCAAGUCCCCCCUUUCCAGGGCGCACCAAUACUAUCCCAUGUAUGGGUAUUCAAUUUCGGAUUUUCAUUCAAAAUUCAUCUCAUGUUUUUUAAAAGUUUAACUUGCAAAAUGAGGUUUUGAUAGAAUUUUCCCCUAAUUUUCCUCCCUAAAAGUUGUCUGAUUUCAGUUCGAAGCCAUUUCCAACGAGAAGAACUCUCUGAAACAAAAAUUGAACGCGUUGGACGAAAAAAUCGGGACAGAAUUGGGAGAAAAUCGGGCUCUUCUCGAAGAAUUGGAAGAUCUGAAGAGAAAUUUGGCUGAAAAAGGAAGCGGAGGUAUGAAAAAAAUUAUAAUUAUUUAUAAAAAUUCGAUCAGUUCUAGUUAAUGGAAAGUUAUCACAGAACUUUUCAACCCCCCGCCUUCCUCACAAAUUUAAAGUUGUCUAAUUUCAGUUCGAAGCCAUUUUUCGAAAAAAAUAGUUCUAUGGAACAAAAGUUGAACGCGCUGGAUGAGAAAAUCGGGACGGAAACGGGAGAAAAUCGGGCACUUUCCGAAGAAUUGGAGCUUUUCAAGAGAAAUUUGGCCGAAAAAGAAGUGGAGGUUUAUUUUGAAUUAACUAAAUUAUCAUUAUAUCUUUGAAAAUUGUAGCUAGCUGAGAAAAAUGAAAAAAUUACUGAAAAUUCGGAAGAGUUGGACAAGUUGAGACGGCAAUUGGAGGAGAAGGCGAAAGAGGUUUCUUGACCAAAAUUUAAAAAAAUUCAGGAAAUUUUCAAUUUAGAGUGCUCACUUUUUGCGCGAAAAGGCGGAUAUCGAGGAGAAAAUGAGGAAUUUCGAGAAGCAAACGGCCGAAUUGCAGAAAACUGUGGAAGAUACGAUCAGCGAGAAGACUUCCACCUCGGCUGAGGUUCAUUUUUUCGCCUUUUUUUCAGAAGUUUUGGUCAAUCCCCCCUCCCCCAUACAUUGACUGGAUCUCAUCCCAGGCUUUUGCGCAUAAAAAAAUCUGAAAAACGUACUGGUAUAGACUGCAUCCCGGGGUGGGGUCCAGGCAACGUAUGUUCCCCCUCUCCCCCUUAUCUUUCUUUAAAAAAAUUAGAAAAAUUAGGGCAGCCCUUUUUAGGGUUAAAAAAAGACAAAAUGAUGAAAGUUGAGUUGAAAAUUUUGAUUGAAAAGUAAGCCGACAGAAAAAUACGGAAAAACGAUUUUUGAUCACAACUUCCCUGUAUGGAAGUCAGUUUUUUUUUUUAGAUUUUCCUGCAAUUUUGAUGACUGUUUCCGAAGAAUUGGAGCUUCACUCUGGUUGAAUUCAAAUUUCAAAAAUACAAACCGCAGCUUCUGAGAGUUUUCAAAAACGAUUGACCUGCAUGUAAGAAAAUUAUAAUUUUUUUCAAACUGUAUUUCUCAAAGUUUACAUACUUUUUUUCCGAUUUUUUUGGAUUGAUUGUAAAGUUGAGGAAGUUCUAAAAAAAUCGAACGAAAAAAAGUUUUUUUUGUUUAUUGAUGAUUUUUUUGCUCCAAUUUUAAUAGCUCUUCUCCUAUUUUCGAAAAAUUUAAAGUUUUGGAAAAAGCCAGGAAAAGACCUUUUUAAAGUAAAAGUCGGUGUGAAAUUUCGUUGUAGAAUUCGGGUAUUUUUUUUGCCCUUCAAUGAAUAUUUCAAGAUUUUUAAAGGUUUUUAGUUUAAGCUAUGAUGGGAAUUUAUCUAAUAACUUCGUUAGUUUUUAAUGUCCCCAGUGAGAAAAUGAGACAGUUUCCGAUUUUGAAAUAAAAAAAUCAAUAGUUGUCAGUUGUGAAGAUUUUAUUAAUUUUUUCUACUUUUCGUUUUGAUUUUCACUAGAACAAUAAAUUUUCAAUUUUUAGGAAGAACGGCUCCGCUCGAAACUCCACGAGUUUUCCGACGAAAUCGAUCGCCUCAAAGGAGAACUCUUACAAAAAAAGUCUCUGAUCGAGAAACUGGAAGAAAAAGUCAAGCUCUUCGAAAAUAGCCAGCAAAAGAAAAAAGAAGAAGAAGCUGAGCUUUUGAGAACGACUGAGGCUCUCCGACAAAAGUUUGCCAAUUAUGAGAGUGAACAGGUUUUUUGACGAACUGGAAAAGAUCAAGAAAAAAAUUCAGGCGCUUCUCCAAAACUCGUUCGAUUCCCUGAAGCAGGACGUCGAAAAGUUGAACGCAGAGAAUGUCGAUUUGAAAUCUUCCAAUGAGAAUCUUGAAGCCAAAUUGAAGAGUUUGAGAGAGGAGACUGGACAGAAGAACGUGGAGAAAGAUGAAUUGGUUCGUUUUGAAGGGAGAGAAAUGGGCGGGAAAUAAUGAUCUUGAGCUUCAGAAAUUAUUACUAACAAAACUUUAAAAAUUAGACGAAAAUUUAGUAAUAAUGGUUUAGAAAAUCUAGCCUUUUACGGAAAUUUCGCAUUAUCAUCUAUUUUAGGAGCUAUUAAAAUAGAAAAGAUGGCUGAGAAAAAAUAGCCAUUGAAAAAAAAAACAACGAAACCAAAAAUAGCCUUAGUCCUGAGACAUCUGCGCUCUGUCGGAAUUUUGAAUAGUAGAAGAUAAAUCGUUUUGAAUGAAAAAAAUGGUCGAGAAAUAAUGAUCUUCGGCUUCAGGAAGUGUUACUAACAAAAAUUUUAAAAAAAUGAGACGAAAAAUUUAGUAAUAAUGGUUGGAAAAAAACUAGCCAAGCUCUCAAGAAAAUUCCGCGCUGUAGACAUUUUUAGAAGUGACUAGGAAAAAAUAGCCGCGAAAAAGAAGCGGAAGCAAGACAACUGCGCUCCUUAGAAAAUUUUGAAAAGUAGAAAAAAAAAAUUGGAGAAAACGGCUGUAUUUUGAAAGUAACCGCGCUCCAUAGAUAUUCUCCAAAAAUAUAAGUCUUGUUCAUUUCAAAAAUCAAAAUUUCGACAGAAUAUUCCGAAUAUUACUGCGGCUGUUGUUUUCUUAGCUUUGUUUUUCCAGAAAACUACUAGUUUUUAGUUUAUUUUCACAAUUUUCAACUAUUUGAACUUCAAAAAGGUUACCGCAUGCCCUUCUCUAUUUCUAUCCAACACCCUUUUUUCAUUUCUUCUUUGUUCAUUUCCUAGCGGCGAGUGGUGAAAUUGUAGGCGAAGCAAGAAGCCAAGGUGCGCGAAUUAAGUGACGUUAACGAGAAGAUGCGACUGGAAUUCAUCGCAAAGGUUAGAAAUAUCCGGGUUGGAAGUGGUAUUUUAGGGAUAGUUUAUUCACCGAUGCCUUGGGAGAUGAAGCUUUUUGUGAGAAAAUGGGAAUAAAAUCAAAUAAGUUUUCUGUAAUUUAUGUUUUUUGUGUCCUGAAACUGCUGUUUUUCUUAGUACUCUCUCGUUUCAACGUGCUACUUCCAUGCUUCUUUGACUCCGCCGGUGAGGGAAAGAGAGACGCAGACACUCGAAAAAUGUACUUUGAUCAGUUGAUUAGUUAGAAAGUUGGCUGAAAAUCGGAUCACCGAAAAAAAAAUUUUUCCAUGUUUUCCGGCCGACUCUACAACGCAACAAAUGGCGCAGCCAUCAUGGUUCGCAUCAUAAUUUUUGACACCGGUAAAUAAUUUUACGCACCCAAAAGUCUCAUACAACUAUACAAACAUUUAUAAAUUUUUGUAUAGUUGGAUUUUCAGCCGACACUUUCUCGAAGCAUGAGUUUCUAAACUAAAUCUGGAGCAAAUAACUCAAUAUUGAAGACAUUAUGAGUUUUAGCAUUAACAAUAUUGAUUUUGGUAAGCAUGAGGUGGUUCGCCGCAGCAGUGGUUUGAAAGUAGAAAAGGUAUCGGCCGAAAAUCCUCUUGUAUGAACUAAAUUUUUUUUUCAAGUUUUACGAGACUUUUGGGAGCGUUAAACUGCUUUGCGUGCGUAAAAUUAUUUACAAGUUUCAAAAAUUAUGGCGCGAACCAUGAUGCGCCAAACGGUGCGUAAAAUCACAGGUGUAAUGUAGAGUUUUAUUAAUGAAAACGAAGAAAAAUGCAUUUUUCACAAUCCAUCGGUGAAUAAACUACAAAUUUUUAUUUUUUUCAUAAUUAUUUUUUUUUUCCUGUUGGCUCCCUUUUUUUCGCCACUCUGCCUGCACGCACUCAAUGCUUCUUCUUCCACAUUUCCGUUCUAUUCGAGAAAAAAUAGCUGCGAAAAUGUGCUCUAGGGAUAAUUUUAUUCAAAUCUAAUGUUUUACCUUGUUUUGAGGAGCGAAAGUUUGGAACAAAAGUCGAAAUUUUUAAAUGGAACUGGGCUUUUUUCAUUGUUUUUGAUAGACCCAUUGAAAAAAGGAAAAAUCAUUUUUUUUGCUGGAAAACUCCAAAAAUACUGAUUGAAACUAAAUUGAGCAAUUUCGCGGCUAUUUCUCAUUUUUCCUUCACUUUUUUUAUCCCCUCACCCUUCCCCAAUCCCACUUCUUCCAGGAAAAAGUCAUUUCUGCCCUUCGGGAGGAGCUGGAGCAGGUGCGCGCAAAGGCGGGCCAAGAAAAGUUGGAGAUUGAGAAUUCUUUGCAGGCUGUAAAGGUUUCUCCACUGGAAAAUGGAAAAACUUGAGAUUUAUUCAGAAAGCUCGAGAAGAAGAAUCUCAAACCGGAUCGAAAUUGUCGGCGGAAACGGAGAAUUUGAAGGUUUUUCCUGUAGAAAACGAAAAAAAAAGACUUUUUUCAGUUGCAAUUGAAAGAAAAAGAAGAAGGACUGGAGAAGAUUCAAGCGAGACUCGAAGAAGUUUCGAAGGAAUUGGAAAAUCUGAAGAAUUCUGAACGAAUUUCGGCGAAUAAUCGCGAGAGCGAGAAGGAGGAGGAGAGGAGAUUGAGGUAGAAGAAAAAAAUAAUAAAAAAAAUUUACUUCGGUUUUUCCAUUCAAAAGCAUGACUAAUUAGUGCGAAAUUCAGUAUAUGAAGCAGGGUUUUUUGAGACUUCGGAUUUUUCAAAAUUUUCAAGUCAAAAGCUCAGAAAAUCACCUAAAACUCGGCAUUUUCGUCUCGAAAUCUUCGAAAAACCCUGAAGAUCAUAAAAUCACCUAAAACUCGGCAUUUUCGUCUCGAAAUCUUCGAAAAACCCUGAAGAUCAUAAAAUCACCUAAAACUCGGCAUUUUCGUCUCGAAACCCUCAAAAAAAAAAACCUCAGUCUCGCGAAAUCGAGACAUUUUGAGGCAAUACCUCGAAACGAGACCCCGAAAAACCCUGAAGAUCAUAAAAGACCAAAAAAGGGACAUUUUCGUCUUGAAACCAUCGAAAAAAAGACCUCGGUCUCGCGAAAUCGGGACAUUUUGAGACGCUACCUCGAGACGAGACCCCGAAUAACCCAGAAGCUCAAGAAAGUCCUACAAACUGACAUUUUUGACUCGAAAUCCUCGAAAAAGACUUUGGUCUCGCGAAAUUGAGGCAUUUUGAGACAUUCCUUCGAGACAAGAUCCUGAAAAACCCUGAAAUGGUCCAUAAACUUUUUAAAGCUUGACAAGAGCUCACUCACCUGGUCGUUAUCUUUUUUCCGAAUCUAUUAUUUUAAAUGUCGUUCAGAGAGAACUUCGCCACCGAGUUCGAGAAGGUCAGCCGGGAGCUGGACGACACGAGAACGUCCUCUGAACAGAACAAACAGGAAAAAGAACGAUUGCAAGCGGAAUUGAACGUCGUUACGGAUGUCAAGGAGAAGCUGGAAAAGAAGGUGGCGAGGAUAAAAUCGGUGGCCGAGGAGAGGAUCAAGACCCAGGAGAAGGACUUGAAUGACAAGGUUUGAGAGAAAGAAGGGGGCUUUGAAAAAAAUUAGGAACAAAAUCAUGAAAAAAAUGUGUUUAUAACGUACAUGGAUAGGUACGUGAAAUAAGAGUUUUUUUUGGGUUUUGUGAUUUUUGGAGGCAAUUGAAAGUUGUUAGCGCAUCUUGCUAUAUGGAAUAAAGAAUCAGGAAUUAUCUCGAAAGUCCAGAAACUUAUUUCAGUUAUAAAUUGAGUGCGUUUUGUUUCAGAAUUUCUUUUUGAGAAACUUUUUUAACGAAAAUUCGGAAGGGUAGCAUUUUUAUAGGCUCCUGUAACUAGCCAAAAUGUAAAAGUUGCGUUUUUCGAGCUUUUUUCUACAUUAAAAAAAUGAUUUUAGUGACAAAAACUUUCUAAAAAUAACCCAGGCGAGGAUUUGAAUGACCAGGUUUGGGAGGAGGAACGUGUAAGGAAGUGAAUUUUGGAAAAAAAAAAAAGUACUUGGAAUAAAAAUUUUUUUGAUUUCGGGAAGGGUUCGAUUUCGUACGAUUUUUGAAAAGAGUUAUGAAUUUUUGACGAUUUUUUAGCUUUGACUAGCUGUUUCUACAAUUUUAAUUGAAUAUUGUAGUAUUUUUUUCUAUUCUUUGAUGCUUCUUUUUCGUUUUUCAAAGAACAUUCCGAAAUUUCCCAAAAAUCUUUAGAGCCUUUUUUUAAAUCAAUUAAAAAGAGAAAUUCGCGCUAACCGAAAGUUUUUUUCUUCAUAAAAGUGAUUUUAGAAAAGAAUCUGAACUUUUUUUCAAAAUGAACACUCAAAAACUUUUUCGACCUGAAUCUCAUAGAUAAAGCGGAAAGCUAUUUUUUUGAAUAUUUGUAGUUUUCAGAUCAAAGAACUUUCCGAGAAACUGAAAAUCGCCGAGAUAAAAAUCGACGACACUGUUGUGGACAAGGCGAAAUUGGAGCAAAAAUUGACGAUUUUGGAAUCGGCCCAACAGGACGCCGACAAGUUGCGACAGGCUGAAUCUGCGGUUUUGCAAACUUUCAUUGAAAAAAUAGUAAAAGUUGUGUUUUCAGCUCCGUAAAGAGGUUGAAGAAGAGUCCCAAAGAGCAAAAUCGCUGGAAUCCGAGCUCAGUUCUACCAAAAAUCAACUGAAAGAAGUGGAAAAGACCAAGGAGAAGCUGGAGGUCGAAAUCGAGGCGUUGAACUCGACCGUCGCUGGAUUUAAAGCUGAUGUUUGUUUUUUCGUCCUAUGAUACAGUUGACUCACGGCUGGCUUGAGCCAUCCAAAAUAGGGUCCUGGCACGAUAAGAAAAGAGACAGUGUUUGAAUGGUAGAGAGCGCAGACAGGCCACGCCCCCUAGAGUUCCAAGGUAGCUGUGAAUCGGAUAUAGAGAGAAAUAAUAUUUACUAAUGUUUUUCUUUUUCAAAGCUGUCAAAAACUUGCAUGAUGUUUAAAACUUACGCAUUUUAAGCUUUUUUUCGAAAAACUGUACUAGAAGAACUUUUUGACUAUAAAAUUAAUUCACCCUUAUCUUACACUUUCGCUUGAAGGAUUAGUUGGCUCAAAAAUGUUUUCUAUUUUUUAUACUUCUGUUUUGUCACUUUCUCUCGAGGAAUUCUCACGAAUCAGCCCCAAAAAUCUUAGAAAUUCUCGAAAAGUACUUUUGUGAACCGCCUCUUAAGUGUUCACUUGGUAUAUUCACGCUGCAUUUCUUGCCUCCACUUCAUUGCAAUUUGAAUCAAAUAUCCUUGAAUGUUAUUGACUUUUUUUCAAUUUUGAGUACACUAUCUUAUAGUUGAUUAGCGGGCGGCUUGAGCCUCGAAAAAAGGGUCCUGAGACGAUUAGAAAAUAGACGGUGUCUAGUGGAUAGAUAGCGAAGGCAGGCCUUGUUUUUUUGAGUCUCAAGCUUGCCCUGAAUCGGCUAUAAUAGACAUUUGACCAUUUGAUGCGCCCAAGGCUGCUGAUGAAACGGGGCACCCGGGGCGGAACCAUGACGCCCUGGGGCGACCCGCGAAACGGUCAAAAGAGCCAUUUUUCUUUAAAUUUUUUACAUUUUUUUUUCCACUAAUUUUUGACUGUGCUGGUCGGAUCGCCCCGGGGCGACUCGGGGCCACCGAUUGGCCAUUUUGGAUAUGCCUUAUAAAAAUAUUACUUCUUCUGAAAAGGGAUUUCCUAGCCCUAUUUUUAUGUUUGAUUUUACAAGUUCAAAUUCCAGAUUGAACGAUUAACAGCCGCCAAUGAAAGCAAAUCCGCUCGACAGGACACAGAGACGCGGAAGGUGAAAAGUUUUUUUGGACUUCCAGAAAAUAUUUAUAUUUUUCAGCUGGUCCGCGAACUCCAACGCGAAGUCAAACAGCUCUAUGGUGAACUGAACGAGAAGUCGCAGCAGUAUGACUCGUCGAAAAACGAGCUGGAGAAACUCAAAUUCGACUACGAAGGAUCCAAGAAGAGCGUCGCUUCUUCCAAUAUCGACGAUGAUAAUUCCUCGGAAAUUAUGGUUAGAAAAAUACAGUUCAUUCUUCCGAAAGUGGGUUCUCUGCGCCCUCUGCCGUUCAAGUGCUAUUUUCAUGUUUUUGCCAGGGAAAAGAGGGCGCAGGGAAGCUAUAGUCGAUUCACGGCUGUCUUGUGACAAAAAGGGGCGUGGCCUGUCUGCGAUCUCCACCAAAGGGACGCUAUUUCUUUUUUUUUUAUCGUGUCAGGACCUUUUUUGGCCGCCCGUGGAUCAGCUUUAGACUGUGUCAAGCGUCGCAGAAAGGACCAGAUGUUUUUUUCUCUGCACUCUCUGUCGUUCAAGUCCUAUUUUCCAGUUUUUAUGACCUCGCUAGGGAAAAGAGGGCACAGAGAAGCUAUAGACCAUUCACGGCAAGCUUGAGCGGCAAAGGGGCGUCGCCUGUCUGCGCUCUGCAACAAAAGGACGCUAUUUCUUUUUUCUUUUUUUUCGUGUCAGGACCCAUUUUUGAAUGACCAGCCGUGAAUCAGGUCGCUUUAGGGAACAUUUUUAUAGCUUUCCUUUUAUGGUCGCCUUAGGGAUCAAUCAAUUUUCUAUAGUGAUCCCUCUAGAAAAUUCUAUAUCCUCUUAGAAAUUUUCAGAAUGUUCCAGAAGGUCCUAUAACCUUUAGGAAAGAUCUCUAAGCCUCUGGAAUUUUCCAUUUAAAAAAAAAUGGAUUUUUCAGUACAAGGAGGAAAUUCGGACGUUGAGAAAUAAGUUGGAGGCGACCCAAAGCGAGGCGGAUCAGUUAAGGCAGCACUUGAAUAGACAAGAAGAAACAGUCAAGCAGCAAGUUGUGAAAAAUUCGGUGGGAAUUUUGUCUGUAUUUCAGCUGGACUUCAAAAAACACCUAGUAAAAAUCAUUUUCACGAGAAUUUUCUUCAGAACUCGAUGAAACUUCCGAGUAAGAGGCAAGACAAUGGCGAUGCUAUACAUGGAAUCGCUGACCCGGCUGAAGCUGAGGUGAAAAAUUGAAUUUUAGAGGAUUUUGAAAUAAUUUGGUUGACUUCAGUACCUUCGAAAUGUUCUUUAUCGCUACAUGACUGAACGGGAAGCGCUUGGAAAAGAGUCUUUGGUUUGUUUUUUUCUUCUAAGGAGAACGAAAUCUUCAUUCCUUGGAUGUUUUGGGGUAUCUUUUCUCUCCUGAAUAAUAAAUUGGAACGAAAACUUCGAAAAGUAAAAGCCGAUUCUUUAAAUAACGCUUUCAAUCUCAUUUACUCUCUCGGAAGUGAAGAGAAGGCUAAAAAAAAAGAGGACCUAUUCAAAAGCUAGGUUAAGGUUUGAGUGAAAAAUGAAAGAUGGAUAUGUUUGAAAUCAAUUUUUCCUGAAGGCAGAGCUGCUGAGGAUACUGGGUUGUUUCCUCAUUUUUCCACUCAUUCUUUAUUUCAACUCUUUUUUGAGAUCUAGAAAAUUUUUCUACUCAGUGGGUCGCCCUGGGGAGUCCCAUCAGAGUAGCUCUGUCUAAAGGUUUUCCUAAUCCUUGAGAGAACUCGAACCAGCGACCUUUUUGGCCAUGGUAACUUAUUUCAUCGAACUAUUGAAUUUUGAAAUGUUUCAAGUAAGUAAUUUUGAUAAUCAGACGCUGGCCCGAGUCAUCGGAACCGUGGCAAGGUUCGACACGAACCAAAUGAAGCAGAUGAUCACCUCGGAAGAGAGCCGUCUGGCGAGUUGGACGGCGGCCGUCGGCGGAAACCUCAGCCACGCCCUUUCUAGGAAUUGA